AUGGAGGCUACGGAGGUUGACAACGAUACCAGGGGGUGGAUUAUGUGUAUCGUGAGCGGAAUUGCCUGCGUUGUCGGCGCAUCUAUCAUCUGUGUCGACAUCUUCGUACAAUGGUUUCCAGGGCAGCGCAACUUCAGAAUACAAGACAGCAAUGUCUUCCUCGCCAGCUCUCUAAGCUUGAGUUUUGGUGUUAUGCUCUAUUCCGCGUUAAACAGCAUGCUGCCGUCAGCAAAACAAUACCUUAAGGAGGACGGCUUCCAAGAUUCAACAGCGGGCUUCAUUAUGAUGAGCUGCUUUAUUGGGGGCUUCUUUGGCAUCCAGGUUAUUUCGCGCCUGCUGCACCAGUACAUGCCGUCGCACGUAGUCGACUGCGACCACACACAUAGCGAAGCUGAUACCCGCUCGCGCAGCCAAAGUCGGAAAACAUCUCUAUACUCCGGAAGCCGCCGGUCUUCCCGAAGGCCAUUCGUCGAGAGCAUAACCAAGAAUGGCCAUGCCUCUGAGUCCACGCCUCUGCUCAACGGAGAGACGCACGAAAAUGGGAGCACGCUCAUGCCUAAGCGGCAUGCUUCCAGCAAGGGCAAUUUGAGCAUCAACACCGCGCAUUCGACACCGGCGCCGCGGACUUCGCGGAGCCGCGGUGCUACGGUUGAAAGGCGACCAUCCAUGGCCCAGGUCCAACAACGGGUCAUGUCUUUCGUCAAGGAUACCAAAACGAAUUGUGAUGAAGAGGGGCCCUGUUUUGGAUACACUGACCCUUGUGGCCAGGAGUGCUUCAAGCAUCUCGGAGCCCGGUCGGCAGCUUCUUCGAGGCACCCGACGAUGCUGAGGACCAGUAUGGCGCAGCUAUAUCCAAGUCAUACCGACUUGGAGGACUUGGAGGAAGGCGGGUCUUCGUCGUGUCACUCGCCAAUGAGUGGGCUAGUACGCACCAGUCGCGCGGCAUCGCGAGAACCUUUGCCUUCACAUGCCCACGCCGAUAACGAAGCGCAUGACCACGAGCACAGCCAUAGCCACAGCCAUGGCCAUGGCCAUGGUCAUGAACACGACCAUGAUGCACACGGUGAGCACGAGGGAGACGAGGACCUUGAGGCUCAGCAUCAUCACCAUGUCCCUACCAACGCUUUCCUAUCCCUCGGACUGCAAACCUCGAUCGCCAUCGCCCUCCACAAGUUCCCCGAAGGCUUCAUCACUUACGCCACGAACCACGCCAACCCUUCGCUGGGUUUCAACGUCUUCAUGGCGCUCUUCGUCCACAACAUCACUGAAGGCUUCGCCAUGGCACUGCCACUUUACCUGGCCCUCGGGAGCCGUUUCAAGGCCAUGUUCUGGGCUGCCGUCUUGGGUGGUCUCACCCAACCCCUAGGCGCAGGCAUCGCCGUGUUGUGGUUCAAGCUUGCCAACCACACCCACCUCACGCCCAACGCCAUGGCCUACGCUUGCAUGUUUGCCAUUACCGCCGGCAUCAUGGUGAGCGUCGGUCUCCAGCUCUUCGUCGAGGCGCUCAGUUUGAAUCACAACCGUAACCUUUGCAUCUUUUUCGGUUUCUUGGGCAUGGCUCUGCUGGGCAUCACCGGCGCCAUCGCAUCUACGCAUUAA